AUGUAUUCUGAUGACACUGUGUAUGUUGGAUUAUUGGUCUUAUCAUUUUUAUUUAGCUUUUUAUUCAGAAAAGUUAAACACAAAAAUGUGAAACAAUGGAUGUCAACUAUUUAUGGAGCAAUUAUUGUACUAACAGUUUCUGGCUUACAUAUAGUCCAUCCGAUAAUUUGCACACUAGUCAAUUCCAUUUUGAUACAAAUUGAUAAAAGGCGUUGUCAUAUAUUAAGUUUCUUAUUUACAUUUGGAUAUUUAAUAUUCUUUCGGAUGACAACAUAUUUUGGAAUACCUUACCCCCCAGCUCAUACUAACUUAAUACAAAUGAUGCUUACUCUAAAGCUUGUUGGCCUUUCGUUUGAAGUCCAUGACAGUUAUCUAAUCAAAUUGAAACAAAAGGAUGCAAAAUAUGAUGCUGAAAAAAAAUUUAAAACAAUUUGUCAACCUAGUAUUCUAGAAGUAUUUCAUUAUGCAUUUUGUUAUAUAGGUAUUUUAACAGGACCCUAUUUUAAGUAUCGUACUUAUUGGGAUUUAUUCAAUCAUAAUUACUGGAGAAAAGCUACUUAUAUUAAUUUAUUAAUUAAAAAAAUACGUAUAAUCCCAACUUUAAUAAUUUGUUAUUUGGCAACUUCAUGGAUAUUUCCAUUAAGUGAAUUCAAGAAUGACUCUUUUUAUACAUCAACAUCAUUAUCAUACAGAUUGUGGUAUAUGUACUCUUCAUUUUUUAUUUUUCGCACAAGAUUAUAUUUGGGCUUUAUUUUCUCUGAGCUUAUUUGUAUAGCUUCUGGAAUAGGUGCUUAUCCUGAAGUGACAGAUCCACAGUCUGGAAGUGGUCCAACUAGAAAUUUUGAAUCAUUAGAAACAGAAUAUUCUGUAAAAGAAGAGGUUUACAAUUUUGAUUGCAUUGAAAGUAUUGAUAUUAUGAAAGUAGAAACUAUUUCUACAGUCCGUGGAGCUACGAGAAUUUGGAAUAUGACAAUACAGUAUUGGAUUGCUGAAUAUGUGUAUAGAAGAAUUCCUGUUAAAAAACUUAGAACAUUGGUAGCAUUUGGUAUUUCUGCAUUGUGGCAUGGCAUAUACACAGGCUAUUAUGUUAGUUUGUGUUCAGUGCCUUUUUACUUAGCAGUGGAAGAUAUUUAUGAUAGACAGUACCGUAACUAUGCUGACUCUGCUGGCAAACGUAUAUUGUGGACAUUCUUCUUAUACACUAUGAAAAUGUAUCAGUUUUCAUUUUGGGGAUGCACAUUUCAACUUCUACAUAUCGACCUCAUAUUUAAAUACUGCCAAUCUAUAUAUUUUCUCCCAUAUAUUGUUUUGAUAACUAUGUAUGCCAUUUCUCGAUUUAACAACUUACGGACUAGUUGA